GAGUCUGGAGACGACUUUCAGAGAUGGCACCUCGCAAGGGGAAGGAAAAGAAGGAAGAACAAGUCAUCAGCCUUGGGCCUCAAGUGGCUGAAGGAGAGAAUGUAUUUGGUGUCUGCCACAUUUUUGCGUCCUUCAAUGACACCUUUGUCCAUGUUACUGAUCUUUCUGGCAAGGAAACCAUCUGCCGGGUGAUGGGUGGAAUGAAGGUCAAGGCUGACAGAGACGAGUCCUCUCCUUAUGCAGCCAUGUUGGCUGCCCAGGAUGUGGCCCAGAGGUGCAAGGAGCUGGGCAUCACUGCCUUGCACAUCAAACUCCGCGCCACAGGAGGAAACAGGACCAAGACCCCUGGACCUGGAGCCCAGUCAGCCCUCAGAGCUCUUGCUCACUCAGGGAUGAAGAUUGGGUGGAUUGAGGAUGUCACCCCCAUUCCCUCUGACAGCACCCGAAGGAAGGGGGGUCGUCGUGGUCGCCGUCUGUGA